AAUUCUCAGUUGAACUACAGUAACUCGCGUUCCACUGAUGUUUGCUGUUAUUUUUCCCGCAAUUCGCAUUAUAAUUUUUUAACUUCACAACUUUGCUAUUGAAUUUUUUAAUUUAUAUGCGUGUGACAAAACUAUUCGAUUAAUUUGUGGCGAAUUUUUCUUAUUGAACUUUAUUGGCCUUAAAAACGGAAAAGUGUGUACACAACAGCAACAAAUAAAUGCGCACAAGCAUAUAAGGGCGCUUAUGAUCUACUUAUAAAUUCGUAUUCCUAUAAUACUGUAGUUAAAUACGCAUACACACGUACAUCCAUACAUACAUAUGUACUUCUAACAAAACAUUACGUCACUAUCAAUGAGAAUUAACUGUGUAAAUGAAGCUAAAUAUUUCCUAAGCGAAAACGAACAACUACAAACGAAUCACUUACGAAGCCAUUCUAUGUUGUCAUUCGUAUAGUUAGUUGGACAUUUUCCGACGACGCUUACGAUUGUAUUCGCCUUUAGUUAACGAUUAACCAGAAACAAACCGAUCGUGAAAAAAUCUCUGCGCACGUAUUUUACAGCUAUAACGACGAAACCAUAUACAACAUUUAAGAAAAUGGAUAGUCGAAAAAUGGUUUCCUACGAAAUAAUGGCAUCGAUAUGCCUUAAGAUCCUGAAACUGCUCAAUAACUUGGGCGUACUGGUCCUAUAUCGUACCGGCAAUGGAGGUGAUUUUUUGGGCAUCGGUGGCAACUGGAAUCUACAAGAAAAGCAUAACCCUGCGCUGGAAAUGCUUGCGUCUGGCGUAUUCGUAGGAUUUAUAAUAUACACGGCGGUGGUGAUUAUCGGAUACUGUUUUGGAGGCACUAAAGACAAGCGGGACUUAACGGAUAUCCUUAUGAACACAGUCGGAACCGCAUUGUGGAUUACGGUUGGAGUGGUGGCGAUUCACUAUUGGUUGGGUUACAUGUCCGAUGGGAGUUUCUCGUAUGCCAGCUCUGAACGCAGUGUUGGCUUAGCAAUGGGCGCUUUGUGUAUUGUUCAAGGCGCCUUGUACUUGGUGGAUACUAUUUUGGGGUGCGUACUUUACUACAAGGGUCCCAUGGAGUAUGCCGUUAUAAGUCAUUAUACUGUGGAAUGAAGGGGAGCGCUACUUUGAAAUAUUGGCUUUAAUGCUACUCCAAUGCUGGACACACACACACAUAUGUAAAUUCUGUAGAAAUGUUAUGCGUUGCAACUCCCUGUAGGGAACUUAUUGCUUUUACUAGACCCAUAAGUAUUAAACGUUUUAUUUUAUUAAUUAUCUAUGCAUAUUGAUU